AAAAUAUCCGGUUAACCGUGUAAACGAGCUGGUCAGUUAGAAGACGACUAACUCUCUCCUCUCCUCCCCUCUCAUCGGUGGAAUCCCAAUGGAGUCAAGUAGCAUCCUCGAUUCCCUCGGAGUCGAGAUAAUCGGCGUGAUGGCUCCCGUCUCCAUCUGCAUGUUCCUCGUCGUCCUCCUCACCUACUCCCUCUCCGUCACCUCCGACCCCCAGAUCCGCACCGCCGCCAACCUCAUCUACAUCGAGAACCCCUCCGACUCCGCCACCGUCAAGCUCGAAGGCAGCUUAGAGAACGCGAUCGUCUUCGUCGUCCUCGUCGCCGCCGUCACCUUCGUCCUCGUCCUCCUCUUCUACUUCAACUUCACCAAUUUCCUCAAACACUACAUGCGCUUCUCCGCCUUCUUCGUCUUAGGUACAAUGGGAGGCGCGAUUUUCUUGUCGAUCAUCCAGCAUUUCUCGAUCCCUGUUGAUUCGAUCACGUGCUUUAUACUGCUGUUCAAUUUCACGAUCUUGGGGACGUUGUCUGUGUUUUCGGAAGGGAUGCCGAUUGUGGUGAGGCAGUGUUAUAUGGUUGUGAUGGGGAUUGUUGUUGCGGCUUGGUUUACUAAGUUGCCUGAGUGGACUACUUGGUUUAUACUCGUGGCGUUGGCUUUGUAUGAUUUGGUUGCUGUUUUGGCUCCUGGUGGACCUCUUAAGCUCUUGGUUGAGCUUGCUUCGACGCGCGACGAGGAACUUCCCGCCAUGGUUUAUGAAGCUAGGCCUACUGUUUCAAGGAGUCACCGCGGUGGUGGUGGCUCGAGUUUGCGGGUUUUGGUUGGUGGCGGUGGUGGGGUUUUGGAUUCUGGAUCAGUAGAGCUGCAAGCAGUUGGGGAUGGUGCUGCAACUCAUAACCUGGAUUAUAAUGCUGUUGCAGUGAUGGAUAUAGACAGUGUAGAUGGUGUUGGGAGGUCAAGGGAAGGACACUCUGCUUCUUCUGUAUCUUCAGAGCCCUCAAGGGAGUUAGGAAGUAUCGGGAACAGAGAAAGUGUUGCGGAGGAAGAAAUGUCACCUCUGGUUGAGUUGAUGGGGUGGGGAGAUAACAGGGAAGAACCAAGAGGUUUGGUGGAGGAGUCGGAUAACAUCGAUAGAGGGAUUAAACUUGGUCUUGGAGACUUUAUUUUCUACAGUGUUCUCGUUGGUAGAGCAGCAAUGUAUGAUCUGAUGACUGUGUAUGCGUGUUACCUUGCGAUUAUCUCGGGGCUUGGGUGCACUCUUAUUUUGUUGUCCGUCUACAACAAAGCUCUUCCGGCUCUUCCCAUUUCCAUCAUGCUUGGCGUUGUCUUUUACUUCUUGACGCGGUUGUUGAUGGAGCCGUUUGUUGUGGGGGUGUCAACAAACUUGAUGAUGUUCUGAGUUAACCAAGAUUCUAGUGGAACCAAGUAAAUGAUAUCCUGAUUAUGUUGCCUCAAUCCAUGUUUUGCACCUUAGUGUUUGAGUAAUGUUUGUAUGGGGAAAAAACUGCUAAUGUACACCCAUCAGGUAAAGCUGAUUUGGGUUUUUAAAUGGAUAGUCUCUGAUUUAGUAGAUAUGUGAAAGUGUUCUACAAGCCA